AUGACCUCGAUUAUUCCCGGAGAACGGGUUAGUGGGCUGAAGCCCGUUCUUAAAACUUCGACAACCAACGAUGGGAGCAAGGUUCUCAAAUCCAGCGCCUCUACUCCCAAAGCAGUACACAUUGCCGACACGGAUCCUGAAGUUGCCCCCAUCGACGACAAUUCUCCGCGAAAGCAAUUCAAUGCCGGCUUAGGUUCAAAGAGACUAAGCGGCCGAAUGCCUAUCCCAACUAAUUCAUCCAAGUCUCCCAUCUUGGGCCCGUCAGCUGCGGAAGAUCUGCCCUCACGGCAAGGCGAUGGUGCUGAAUCGCUCACUGCCGUACUCUCUUCGUCCCCAGUUCCUCUCAACUCCGUAGCCAACUCGAACGGCGCUUCCCCAGCGAGCCCCAAUGCCGCCACGACAACCGUACCACAUUCGGCCUCAACGCCUAACCUCCAGUCGCAGGGAUCUAACGGCCGGCCCCGAAACAAUUACGCUGGGGAAUUGCUGGUAGCGCGAGUGGGGGAAUGGCUUGAACAUGAGCGGAAGAAGAUUUCCCGAAGGAAGGACGGCAAACACCCUCUGCGUAACAUCCAGUCCGUGGACGAGCAGACGAAUGGGCAAGAUGUGCAGCCAAUUUCCUAUCGUGAUAGGGCCGAUUCGAUCGAUUCUCAAUCCAGUGAGGUGUCUUUCGACCGUCUCCAGCGUAUAUUAGAGGAUAGCGUGGCUGCUAUGGGUCUUUCAUCGAUUCCUUCCAUGGGCCACAUGCAUAGGACGAGGUCAUCCCCAAGACUUAGGAGGGGCCAAACCAAGACACUGCAACUCCAACGAGUACCUUCGUCCGAUACGGACCAGUUCGAUUUAGACGUCGUUGUGCCCGCUUGCGAGGCUGUCCUGGACAAUUCCAAAACGAUGAGUUAUAGUGGCGGAUCCGCGAGUACCGAAGACCUGUCGUCGUCGACGACUCUGAGUAAACGAGAGAGUAGGGGACGCCAAGCCUGGAUCACCUUCAAGAACGAGGUGAUUCGUCUUGCCCAUACUCUCCGACUCAAGGGCUGGAGGUCUGUACCUCUCGACGGCGGAGAGAAAAUUUCCGUAGAGCGCUUAAGUGGGGCUUUAACGAACGCCGUGUACGUGGUAUCGCCUCCCAAGGACUUGGAUCUACUGCCUACGAACGGAACGAAUGGAACGAAUGGGGCGGGGACACCCACGGGGAAGAAGGGUCCCAAGAAGCUGCUCCUUCGCAUAUACGGCCCCCAGGUUGACCAGUUGAUCGACCGCGAAACCGAGCUGGCCGUCCUGCGCCGUUUAGCGAAGAAGAAGAUUGGGCCCCGGCUUCUCGGCACCUUUACCAAUGGGCGAUUUGAGGAAUACUUUAACGCUUCCGCACUCCACCCCAGGGACCUGCGCGACCCCGAAACGUCGAAGCAGAUUGCGAAGCGUAUGAGGGAGCUGCAUGAUGGAGUUGAGCUGUUAGAUACUGAAAGAGAUUCCGGUCCCAACGUAUGGCGCAACUGGGACCGUUGGCUGGACAGUGUGGGAAAGCGGGCUUCUGCUCUUGAUACGCUAUUCGAGUCCGAGGAUGCGGGCCCCGAACGACCGGUCGAGAAUUGGCGGAUCAGGGGCCGUGUAUGCGGUGUCCCGUGGGCGCAGUUCAAGGCCAUUGUUGAAAAGUAUCGCGAGCAUGUCGAUAAGUUUUACGGAGAGGGUAACACUUUGAGGUCGCGGCUCGUGUUUGCGCACAAUGAUCUCAUUGUAAUCGACUUCGAGUAUGCCGCCGCAAAUGUCGUAGGUCUCGAGUUUGCCAAUCAUUUUACCGAGUGGUGCUACAACUAUCACGACGCCACCGCCCCCUUCGCCUGCGACUCGACCAAGUAUCCCACGCCCGAAGAGCAGCACCGUUUCGUCAAAGCCUACGUCGACCAUCGGCCGCAAUUUCCCCACGCCGGAUCGACGCCGAGACUCACGCCCUUGGACACGCCCUCUCUACCACACUCCGUCUCGGUGAGCUCCAUCGUGGAUUUCAUGCUGGACGCGCGAGCCUCAGCCCAGAGCAACUGGAGGGAAGAGGAGAAGGUGCGGGAGGAACAGAGCGAGAAGAGGGUCGGGGAACUGAUGGAUGAGACGAGGCUGUGGCGUGCGGCAAAUAGCGCGCAGUGGGUAGCUUGGGGUAUUAUCCAGGCCAAGAUGCCAGCAGCCACCGACGGUGAAGCGGAGAAGGAGGCGGCCGCCGACGGUGUCUCCGAAGAUGAUAGGGCAAGUGCGCAUUCUGCGGAGGGUGGCGAGGAUGACGAGUUCGAUUAUAUUGGUUACGCGCAGGACCGGGCUUUUUUCUUCUUGGGAGAUUGUUUACAGCUGGGCAUCAUCGCGCCGGACGAGCUCCCUGAGAGAGUGAGGCAGAUGUGCGUCGCGACUAUCGGCCGCCGCGGCGUAACCAAAGGUAUCUCCCGCAAGGCCAUCAAAGCCGUCCAGAUCAAGAAGGCAUGCGAAAAGAUCAUCGACCCCGGCGCCCCUCUCGCGCUCCGUCUCCAAAGCAACCUCUUGUACGGAGUUUCGCGCGUGUACUCUGAGCAGUGCCGAUAUGUACUUGACGAUGCCGUGAAGAUGCGCUCUGCUAUGGCGGCGCUGGAUAUCCAGAUCGGGGCGAUGAAUGCGACGGAUCCCAAGGCAGGGAAGGCACCACGUGGCCAGAAUAUCAUUCCUGAUGAUCCCCACUUCAACAUUGACAACAUUACAAUGCCUGAGAUCGAUCUUACGGGCUUUGAUGACCUAGAGGACUUCCUUCGUACGCACGGAAGCGGGAGCCAAGGCUCGUCCAUGAUGUUUUCGCAACUCAGUCCCCUCGAUGGGAGUUUUGGCUCUUUGUCGUCUGAUUCCCUCCGAUUCGAUUUUCUUCAGUCUGGCGAGAGCAGCCAGCAGCUUCCCACGCCUUUGAAGGGACCAGGCAGUGCCGGCCCGAAAUCGCUAGUUGGAGCAGGUGGUGUCCCUUUUAGUGAUGACGACGCAUUGCUUCCCGUUGAGGGAGGGUUCGGGUUUGAGGUUGAUGCUGAGGGCAAUCUAAUCGAGCUCGGCGAAUUCGAGCUUCCACCGCUGCCUGGUCCGGAUUCUCAAAUUCCUGGUAUCGCCGAGCUAGAGGAGAUGCAGAUUCGGUUCGAAGAGCCAGAGCCUCGUGCACAAGCCACGAAAGUCCCUACUGAUUUGGAUGCCAUGAUGGUUGAGGAGCCGCUUCCCGACGCGGAAGCUUUUCAAACCCAAGAGCAGCGAGAGAAGGAACAACAGGCCGCAAAAGCUUCCAGCCCGCGCAAAUCAGCUGCCCCCCGAGGCCCACGUCGUCGCCUUCCUAGUGCACGUGCCUUCAUCGAUGUAGCGCCUCCCCAGAUCGACGAUGCUGAGUACAAAAGCACGGGAUCCACCUAUGUCGAGAGGGCUGAAGCUGAAGCUUAUCGGACUCAAGAGACGCAUACAGUACGAGCGAAGAAGAAUGCCUUCCUUGUCACGUUUGGAACUGGCAUUGCCGAUGUCGGACGGGAUCUAGGAGUUGUUGGUAUUCAGCAUCCUCUGGCCGAGUUCUUUGCUGGAGACGCAUUGCGAAAUACCGUGCUUGGCGUUCCGAGCAUUGAGCACCUUCGUUCGCCCGAAUCGGAAAAUGGCCGUCGUCGUCGACGAUCUGCAUCGGAGGCAUUUUCUGAAGAGGGAGAGGAGCAAGGUCGUAGGGUGAAGCAGAAGACGGAUACUUAUCAGGAGCAACCCCUCGGCGACGAGAUCCAACUGCCCAUCGAGGGCGACGACAUUCUUUCGGAAGUCGGUAGACGAGCCCAGAGUCUCGCCGAGCCCCGUUCAUCCUCUGGCGUGCCCUGGUCCCGUCAGGGUUCCGUUCCUGGUUCGGCCGUAAAGAGCAUCACAGGUACAGGUCGACGAAGCCGCCAAGUCAGCGCCAGUCCGCUCGUAGGUCGCGGCAGCGUCCUCCCGGACAUUGAGCGUUUCAGUGAUCCCCACCUCCCCUCGGACGACUUCUUCCCCGGCCAUCAUGACAACAGUUACGCUCACAGCGGCCGCGACUCGUCGUCCUUUGGAGAGUUCGCGUCCAUGAACGAGUCGCAGAUGCAAAGGGCCGUCGACCAGGCCGGCCAAGAUUUCCUAGCCUACGUCGUCGAGCGCGCUAAAGUGUCCGGUCGCGCGGAUGAGGCCAAGGAUGGACGCAAGUGGGUUGAUUUCGACGAGUUGGCCGAUCCAGCCACGCAUGGGCGGGAGGUGGCUGCGCAGGCGUUUUAUCAUGCGUUGGUUUUGGCGACAAGGAGGGAGGUUGCUGUGAGGCAGGGGGGUUUGCCUUGGAAGCCGUUUGGGAGGAUCGAGAUUGGGGUUGAUGUGGUUGAGGCGGAGGCGGAGGCAGAGGUGGAGGACGAGGGUGUGGAGCGUGUUGUCGAGGUUACAGAGGAGGGGAAGGCGGUUGAGGAGGGAGAUGAUAUCUGA